CUUCAACCGAUUAUCAAUUUGAGUGUUCCGCUGCUGGGUCUUUGAAUGGGUAUCAGUGCGCGAGGAGUUUCAGCAGGACAGAGUGAAGUAUCGUGCUGCCCGUGGAGGAGAGGAGCUCGGCGUCCGCUGGAGAGCCACCUGCACUGAAGGGACUGUGCGUGCAGCCUAAAUGACUAAGUGGAACUUGCUCAAGCACCAGACAACACCCAUGGUCGCUGCAAAGCCAACAGGGGCCAGUGCCUUGACUGUGACUCCGGCCCCCGUGGCGCUGGUCUCCGCCGACAACUCCACCGAGCCGGUCAACAAGAACGAUGCCUUCGACGAGAUCAAGAACAAGUUUCUGAACGAAAUCGACAAAAUCCCACUGCCGUCGUGGGCCAUCAUUGCCAUUGCCGUGGUCGCCGCGCUACUCAUCCUCACAUGCUGCUUCUGCAUCAUCAAGAAGUGCUGCUGCAAGAAGAAGAAGAACAAGAAGGGGAAGAAGGGGAAGGGUGACAUGGGAAUGAAGAAUCUGAAGGGAGGAGAGAAACAACAGGAUGACGAUGACGAAGAAGACGACGUGGAGCCCGGACUGACGGGAGACGAGAAGGAGGAGGAGGUGAAGGAGAAAGAGAAGCUGGGGAAGCUGCAGUACUCCAUCGACUAUGACUUCCAAGAGAACAAGCUGACUGUGGGGAUCUUGCAAGCGGCAGAUCUGCUCUCCAUGGACAGCGGCGGCACCUCGGACCCCUACGUCAAAGUCUUCGUCCUCCCGGACAAGAAGAAGAAGUUCGACACCAAAGUCCACAAGAAGACCCUCAACCCCGUCUUCAACGAGACGUUUACCUUCAAGAUUCCAUUCCAAGAGAUGGGCGGGAAGACGCUGGUGAUGUCCGUGUACGACUUCGAUCGCUUCUCCAAACACGACGUCAUCGGGGAGAUUAAAAUCCCCAUGAACACCCUGGACCUGGCCAAGCCCAUAGAGGAGUGGAGGGACCUGGACAGCGCCGACCAAGAGGAGCCAGAGAAGCUGGGAGACAUUUGCAUCUCCCUGCGUUACGUCCCCACCGCCGGCAAACUCACCAUCUGCAUUCUGGAGGCCAAGAACCUGAAGAAGAUGGAUGUGGGCGGACUGUCAGAUCCCUACGUGAAGAUCAACCUGCUGCAGAACGGAAAGAGGCUGAAGAAGAAGAAGACGACGGUGAAGAAGAACACGCUGAAUCCUUACUAUAAUGAGUCAUUCAGCUUUGAGAUUCCUCUGGAGCAAAUGCAGAAAAUCCAAGCUGUGAUCACGGUGCUGGAUUACGACAAGAUCGGCAAGAACGACGCCAUCGGGAAGAUCUGGGUGGGAAGCAAGGCGACGGGGGCGGGGCUGAAACACUGGUCCGACAUGCUGGCCAACCCUCGCCGCCCCAUCGCCCAGUGGCAUCCACUGCAGCCCGAGGAGGAGGUGGACGGCGCCCUGGCAGCACUCGCCGCCAAGAAAUAAAGGCCCACACGGACACACUGACCCCAGCCUCCACGCCGUCCCUCCAUCCCCUUGGAUCCUCCGUGUAAGUGUAUUAUCAAGAAGGACACCCUCUUCCCCCCCUCCACCUCUCGAAAUACCCAUCCAGAGAGACAUGAUAACCUACGGUUCCAAGAGGCAUCCAUUGAAAAAAAGACGACAGGAAGGAUGGACAGAUACUCCGUUUGUUUCCUUUAGAUCUAUUUUUGUAUCGGGGUUCCAUUCAAAAGAGGAACAUAUGUCAUAUGUGCCCUUUCCCUUUAGUGACACAGUUUGCAUAGAGUAGUGCUUAUUACAAUAAUAAUAAUCUAACGAAUAAUAAAAUGCUUUAUACUGCCAUGUAAUAGAGGAAUAACACAAGCAGGUCCAUUCCUUGGGCACCAAGCUCCACGCCUGCCAGUGAUCUGACUAGACAUCCGUUAGUUUGUCGUACAUUCCUAGAGUUGGGUAGCGAGUAGGGGUAGGCACAUAACCGGUGACCCGAAAACACACUGCCUUUUUUUAUCAGUUGGCCCUCCACCCAUCAUCUCAGGAAGCCUGAGAGGAAACGGAAUCUCCAUGCCUUUGUUUCAAAACGGGUUCUCAAAAGACGCUUCACUCCAAUCAUUUGGGACCGUGGCAGGAGAGGCACGGGAAGCGACGUCCAACCACCCACCCACCCACCCAUCCUCCCCGUCUGUUUCGCACUCCUCCAGUGCUACUGCCAUUCGUCACGGACUUGACACAAGGGUUUCACUCGAGAUCCCGUCUUACAGUCAUAAAGGAGACAAGCCUUCCGAGCAACAAAAUAAGCAAUUCUCAACUACCAGGGACGCCUUCCACUUAGUGCUGUUGUUCUCUCCAUCCCGCACCUUUUUGCUUUUCCCCUCGCGUUGAUUUCCCAAGCACUUUAACCCCCAUCCCGUAGAUAGCAGAGCUUUAAUUGCUUCAACCCAUCGUUCAUGGAGGAGGGAGUCGGCCGUUUGCUUUCUCGCCGGAUGGCGGCGGCGCCGCUCCGCGUGGGUAAGGGUGGAAUCUUUUUGCACUACUGUUCUGUGUGGUUGUUUAGUUUGUGACGACCAUUUCGUUGUGCCACGCGCUGUGAAUUGGUCAACAAAAAUUGAUCUAUUUUUAAAGCCAAACAAAGCUCAUAUUUAUGCUUUUUUUUUUUUUUUAAUCUCACUCCUCCUUCUGUCCGUGCAACAACACUAAAGAAAAAGGCAACAUGGAAGCAAUCGGCCCAUCGGCGUGUAGUUCCGCCCGUCCACCGCGGUGAUAUUGCAUGUUUAUACACAAUACUGUACAUAAGAGCAUGAUUUAGAGACAAAGCAAAAAUAUCGCGUGUACGUGCAAUGGGUGUCAUUUUGUCAUUUGAAUAAGCAGCGACAGGGCGGGCGGGCUGAAAAAAUGCACUGUAUAUUUUCUAAAUGAAACAAAAGUGUGUUUAUUUUCCAUGAGGGUCGUUGGAGCGAAUGUCCCACCCACGUUACAGAGAUCCCUCCCAAGUGUGUCGUCCAGUGUGUGAGUCCGUGUAGGAUGAAGAUGUAGCCGCAUGCUUGCUAUUUAACCGUCAACUUCUCCGGGGAUCGCAGUUCAAGCACUUAACGUGAAGGCCACUUUCUUAUGGCGGAGCAGGGGCUUCCAAGUGCACGGAGGUGUCGCGCCUAAUCUCGACCUUGAAAGCCAAAAAAAAAAAAAAACGGAAAAGAAAAAUGUGGGCGACUUGGAAUCCCUUCUUCCUCUCUCGGAUCCUUUCUGUUCACGCUCUUCCUGGCUGUGUUUCUGACACAAUAUGUAUAUCUGUAAACAAGAGAAAUAAGAUAAAGCCAUAAAACUUGAGCACUAACUUGUCAAAGCUCAGCAGUUGAUUUAUAAAAAAAAAGAAAAAAAAAUGAAAAGAAAUCCGCCAUGUCUUGAUUUUGGUUCCAAGAAAUCCUUUCAAACAAGUGUGUGUGUGUGUGUGUGUGUGUGUGUGUGUGUGUGUGAGAGUGUGUGUGUGAGAGUGAGGAGGUGAGCGUGUUUUCUACUGAUGUCCUUGCUUUAUAGAGGUAUUGUGAUUAGUAAUGUAAUGUACAUUCCUUGUUUUGAUAGUAUGAUAUAUAUAUAUAAAUAUAUAUAUGACAAUAUCCUCCCAGAUAUAUGUAGAUCGACACGUAGAUACCAAGGAUGUUCUGGUGGUGGGCUGAGUGCAAUCGAUCUGGGCCUGAAGUCUGUCCGCGUUUUUCGCUCGCCAAGAGGACUUGGAGGGGGCGGAGCCUAAGCCUCCCAUAGACCGAUUUAUUUUUGGUCUUGAAAAUGAUUUUAAUCCCCUAAAAAAUCAUGUUGAAAAAAAAAACAACAACAACUGGUUGCACACACUACUGCCAAUAACCAGGGCCACGUUAUGCAUUUCCAACAUUCCCACAGCAAGCACACGGAGCGUCUCCAGGAGAAGCUCAUGAAACACUGCGUGAAUAUGUCACAUGGAUCUGACUCAGAGCAGCGUUUUGAGAUGUGUUUAUUUCUGCGGUUCUAUGGGGGGCAGACGCCAGCAAUGGUGUGUGUGAAUGGGUUGAAUGUUGGACCUCUUAAAACCAUCGUCUGCUUUUAUAGAUAUGUAUAUAUAUAUAUAUAUAUCUAUAUACCAUAUAUAUAAAUAUCGUUCAGGCCUCCAUGUAUGAGACACAUCCCCGUGUGUUCAUCUGCGUGUGUGUGUGUGUGUGUCGAUGUUAGAUAACUUAUGCACAACUGCAUCGUAAACUGCACUGCGACGGUUUGUCAACACAGCUUCCUCUGUCACAGUAGCUGGGAUGUAAAAAGGGAAAACUGUUUUAUCGACCAUCCUGUCAGAAGUGCGGGACCUGAGUUGUCUUGUCUCCUCUAUCACUACUUCUUUGUGUUUGUCGUGGGAGCGCAGUCACUGUUCUCUUGCUUUGCAUUUUUCCUGUCCCGUUUUGUGCGUCCCAUCACUUGGAAACGUCUCCACUGCGAUCCAUGCCGGCCUUCAUGUUUACAACAUGGACACGAGUGUCAACUGCCAAACAUGCAGGACUGUGAUCAGACUCAGAGCCGCCUCUCACUCCUGAUGCAACGGACUCUUUGGUUCCCACCCUUUUCUCCAUCUUUUGACGCAUCAGAGGACGGUCAGGUUGUGUCCUCCAGCUGUGUUUCUUCUUCUUCUUCUUCUUCUUCUUCUUCGUGUCUCGUGUCGUGGUGCGCGUGUUCAUGUCAGUACUUGUGCCUACUGUGGAUCGCAUGCUUUAGCCCUUGACUGGACACAAACAAACUCCUCCUGACCCUCGUGUGGACAAAACGUUGGGGAUCCUUAUUCAGUCAACGAGGGAACCAAAUAACUUAUUACAAGUUUAUCAUAUGUGUUGCAAAUAGGAAAUAAAGGACUUUUAAUUACCA